AUGGCAAGACGCACAAUAUCCUGGCGGCUCGCAUUUGCGGGCCUCUUCCUCUUUGCCUGCCACACCCUCGCUGCGUCGGCCGUUCUCGGUGUCGACCUCGGUACAGAAUACAUCAAAGCGGCGCUCGUCAAGCCCGGCAUCCCCCUCGACAUUGUCCUCACCAAGGACUCGCGGCGGAAAGAAAUCUCCGCCGUUGCUUUCAAGACGCCACAAGGCGGGGCCAAGGCCGGCGUCUACCCCGAGCGCGCAUACGGCUCCGAUGCCAUGGCCCUGGCGGCCCGCUUCCCCGGAGACGUCUUCCCCAACCUCAAGGCCCUGCUUGGCCUGACCAUGGACGGCAGCGACGACGCGAAUGCUGUGAUCCAAGAAUACGCCGCUCGCCACCCGGCUCUGAAGCUCGAGGCCGCAUACAAGGACCGCCAGACCGUUGCACUCAAGAGCAGCGGGGCCUUCGUCGACAGCGAAGACGCCUGGAUGGUUGAGGAGCUGCUGGCGAUGGAGCUCAAGAGCGUCCGCCGCAACGCGGAGGCGCUGGCUGGUCCGGACACGUCGGUGCGUGCCGCCGUCAUCACUGUGCCUCCGUUUUACACCGCCGACGAGAAGCGGGCCGUCGAGCUCGCCGCCAACCUCGCCGGCCUGCGUGUUCUCUCCCUCAUCAGCGACGGCCUCGCCGUCGGCCUCAAUUACGCCACCAGCCGCCAGUUCCCCAGCGUCCAGGAGGGCGGCAAGCCCGAGGUGCACAUGGUCUUUGACAUGGGCGCCGGCUCCACCAAGGCCACCGUCUUGCGCUUCCAGAGCCGCUCCAUCAAGGACGUGGGCAAGUUCAACAAGACCGUCCAGGAGGUCGACGUGCUGGGCAGCGGCUGGGACCGCACGCUGGGCGGCGACGCUUUGAAUGCGCUCAUCGUCGACGACAUGGUGGCCCAGUUUGUGGACAGCAAGGCCGCCCAGGCCGCGGCGAUCACGGCUGCGUCGGUGCAGGCCCACGGUCGCACCAUUGCUAAGCUUGCCAAAGAGGCCGAGCGUGUCCGCCACGUCCUGAGCGCCAACACCAACACGGCCGCGAGCUUCGAGGGUCUUUACAACGACAUCGACUUCCGCUACAAGAUCAGCCGUGCCGAUUUCGAGGCAAUGGCCGAGGCGCACGCUGUGCGCGUCAACGCCGCCGUGCAGGACGCCCUGCGCAUGGCUGGCCUUACCGUGGCCGAUCUGGACUCGGUCAUCUUGCACGGCGGCGCAACCCGCACGCCGUUUGUGCAGAAGCAGCUCGAGCAGAUCUUUGGCGGCUCCAGCAAGCUGCGCACCAACGUCAACGCCGACGAAGCGGCCGUUUUUGGUGCCGGCUUCCGUGCGGCCGAGCUCAGUCCCAGCUUCCGUGUCAAGGAAAUCCGUGUCGCGGAGGGCGCCGUCUACGGCGUGAGCAUGAAGCCAGCGAGCACCGACGCUGCUGCCACCAACGUCAUUCCCGAGCGCCAGAUCUGGGUGCCUACGGCACACAUCGGCCCUGCGGCUUCCAAGGAGGAGCUCGUGUACGAGCUGGGCGAGGACAACAAGGCCGAGGCCUCUGUCGUAUUCUAUCAGCACAUUCCCGGUGCCGAUGGCAAGCUCGUCGCGUCGGCCGUCAAGACAUUUACGACCAGCAACCUGACGGACACGUUUGACAAGCUCGUGGAGAAGCACGCGUGCGAGCCGACCACCAUCCAGUUUAAGCUCGGCCUUCGGCUCGGCCUUGAAACUGGCGAGGUGGAAGUCAUCAAGGCUAUUGCUGAAUGCGAGGCAGAAGGCCCCGAGAAAGAGAGCCUCAUGGAUGGCGUGAAGAACCUGUUUGGCUUUGGCAAGAACAAGGACCAACAGCCCCUCAAGGAGGGCGACGAGGCUUCCGAGACUGAGGAUGCGAAUGCCUCGAGCUCCAGCUCCUCCAACAACACCUCAAGCAGCAGCAGCGGCAGCAGCAGCAGCAGCAGCACGACCUCUUCCUCCACUACCAGCUCCUCGUCUGCAUCUUCGUCGCCAACUCCAGCCGCUGCCGAUCCCAGCGAGCCGGCUAGGAAGGUGCCGGUCGCCAUUCCCAUCAAGUUUACCCUGGAAAAGGCCGGCACUCGUGCCCUGUCUGACAGCGAGAUGCAGACGGUAAAGAAGCGCCUGCAGGCGUUUGAUGCGUCUGAUCGCGCCCGUGUCCAGCGCGAGGAGAGCUUCAACCAGCUCGAGGCCUUUACCUACAAGGUGCGCGGCCUGCUCGAGAGUGACAGCUUUAUCGCCGCGUCGACCCCCGUGGAGCGGGCCACGCUCGAGACAAUGCGCGGCGAGACCAGCGACUGGCUUUACGACGGUGGCGUCGACGCCACGCACGAGGAGCUCAAGAAGAAGUACACGGCCCUCAAGACGCCCGUCGAUGCCAUUGAAACGCGCAUCGCCGAGGCCGAAAAGCGUCCGGCUCUUAUUGCCGGCCUCCGUGAGGCUCUGGUGCAGAGCCGCGAGUUUGCAAACUCGAUUCGCGAGCGGAUUGUCGAGUAUGAGGCGUUCCACGCUAGCAAGUCGGCUGCGGCUGCGGCUUCGUCGUCGUCAUCGUCCUCGUCGACGACGACCUCGACUGCGGCCUCUUCAUCAGAAUCGUUUGCCACUGAGGCCGACUUUGACGGCCUCGAGGACGACGAGCCCCCAGUCGUUGCCGAGGCAGCCACGGAAGAGGAACCCCUCGAAGACCGCGGCCCGGUCCCGCCCAUCUACACACAUGAGGACCUCAAGGAGUCCGACGAACUGUCCGCCUCCAUUGCGUCAUGGCUGGACGAGAAGGAGGCCGCGCAAGCGAAGCUGGGCCCUACGGACGACCCGGUGCUGACGGCCAAGGAGCUGCAGGCGAAGCGCGACCACUUGGAUAAGGUUGGCAUGGACCUGGCGAUGAAGGCCGUCCGCAACUUUGAGAAGACGCAGAAAAAGAGCGGGAGUGGAAGCAAGUCGAGCAAGUCCAAGAAGUCGAGCAAGACCAAGACGGCGACGGCGACGACCAAGAGCGAGAAGACGGCAUCGACGUCGUCUUCGUCGUCUACGUCUUCGUCUGCAGAGGCCAAACCAUCACAACAGGCCGCACAGGAUGAGGGGAUCAAGCACGAGGAGCUGUGA